ACUCUUAGAAGCCGCCAUUACCACACUUCUCUUCUUCUUCUUCUUCUUCUUCUUCCCGAAAUGGCCCUCUCUUGCUCCAAAGUCUCUAGCUUUUCUCUUUCACCUGUUUCUAGUGGUUGCGAUGUUUCUGCGAACAGAAAGAUCGCAGCUUUGAGCUUCUGUUCUUCUUCUAAGAGUAGGAGCUUCAAGGUUGUUGCAGCCGGUGGCGGUGUUGAUGUUCCUUCUAAGCCACUCACUGGUGUGAUUUUUGAACCUUUUCAAGAGGUUAAGAGGGAUGCUUUUGCUGUUCCUGUAACACCAAAUGUUUCGUUGGCUCGUCAGAACUACGCUGAUGAAUCUGAAUCCGCUAUUAACGAGCAGAUUAAUGUGGAGUACAACGCUUCCUAUGUGUACCACUCGUUGUUUGCAUACUUUGACAGAGAUGACAUUGCUCUCAAGGGAUUUGCAAAGUUCUUUAAGGAAUCAAGUGAAGAAGAAAGAGAGCAUGCUGAGAAGCUUAUCAAGUAUCAGAAUAUUCGCGGCGGUCGGGUGACACUGCAUCCCAUCACCGGUCCUCCCUCUGAAUUUGCACAUGCUGAAAAGGGUGAUGCACUCUAUGCCAUGGAAUUAGCUUUGUCUUUGGAGAAAUUGGUGAAUGAAAAGCUUCUUUCUCUUCACAGUGUUGCAGACCGGAACAAUGAUCCACAACUCGCCGACUACAUCGAAAGCGAGUUUUUGUAUGAGCAGGUUAAAUCAAUCAAGAGGAUUGCAGAGUAUGUUACUCAAUUGAGAAUGGUUGGAAAGGGUCAUGGUGUGUGGCACUUUGAUCAAGUUCUUCUCCAUGAGGAAGCUCAUGUAUAAUCUUGAACAGCCUGCUCUCCACAACUUGGCACUGUCUAAACUCUAAACGUUGUGUGUUGUUUCAUAGUUGUACGAUAGAACUAGUAUUUGACUUGCGUAGAUGCGUGUGUUGUGAGAUUUGCUUAAGAUAUUGAUUAGCUUAAUGAUCUUUGUAUUAGUGUAGGAAUUAUGUGGUUGCUAGUGUCUGUCUAGAAGGCUAGAGAGCCUAGAAGUCAAUAUUAUGAAAGCGUAUGUAUUUCUACUUUGUAGCUUGCAAUUUCAUCUUGUUGGAAAUAAAAGUGAUGUUGUACCGAAAAAA